CAAACAAUGCUCAUCUGUGUGUUUAAUUCAAAGCAACACUUCCUUAUAAUCCAACCCAAAACUUCUCAACAUCAUCGCUCACUCCUUCUUCCCAUACCAAUCCAUUCAAAAAAAUGAAACCCAAUGCCAACAACACCAGCCUCAUUCUCCUUCACCCUUACAUCCAAAAACAAGGCACCUCCUCCAAGAUUUGGCUUCUCGCCUGCCUCUCCUUCUUCACUCUAGCCUUUCUCCUCCUCCUCCUCCUUGUCUGUACUCGUCCCUCCACUCCCAUCACUGCCGCCUCCGUCGUCUCCUCCUCCACCACCACCACCACCACCACCACCCCUCUACCCACCACUGUCAUCAACACCCUUCUCUACUACGCCUCAAAAUCCAAUGACUCCUUCCACAUGUCCCACUCCGAGCUCAAACCCAUUUCCGACGUCCUUCGAAAAUGCUCCACUCCAUGUAAUUUCCUCAUCUUCGGAUUGACCCAAGAGACCCUUCUCUGGAAAGCCCUCAACCACAAUGGCCGCACCGUUUUCAUCGAUGAGAAUCGCUACUAUGCCGCCUUCUUUGAAGAGAAACACCCCGAAAUCGACGCCUACGAUGUGCAGUACACCACGAAGAGAAGCGAAUUGAAGGAGCUGAUCACGACGGUUAGAGAGCAGACACGGAACGAGUGCCGUCCCGUACAGAAUCUUUUGUUUUCAGAAUGCAGGCUGGGCCUCAACGACCUUCCGAACCACGUGUACGAGGUUGAUUGGGACGUGAUUCUGGUGGAUGGACCACGUGGAGACUGGCCAGACGCGCCAGGACGGAUGUCUGCCAUUUACACAGCGGGGGUUCUGGCGAGAAGCAAAAAAGGAGGGAACCUGAAAACGCAUGUUUUUGUGCACGAUUUUAACGGCGAAGUAGAGAGAGUUUGCAGUGAGGAGUUUCUAUGCAGUCAAAAUUUGGUGGAGGCGAGUGACACGCUUGGACAUUACGUAGUUGAGAGAAUGGAUGAGAACUGUUUCCAGUUUUGUCAUAAUACGACGUCGUUCAGGUCGUAGUGAUGAUGGGUUUCUGUGUUUAUUUACAAUAAUAAGCCUGGCGGCGUUGUGGGCGGACGCAGAAGUUGGUUUUCA